AUGUCGCUGAAGAGCAGAUUCGGAACCAUUUUCAGACGUCGACGUCGGCUUUCUGUUGUCGAAGAGAGCAAGCCUGCUGCAUCCAUCAUUGCUGAAGCUGAAGAAGAAAAUCAAAUCAUGGCAGCCACCACGACAUUAAUAAACGAAAACACUACCCCCAGCCAGACGGAUGUCAGACCUGGAUCGCCGACUGUAUCUGUAUCAGAUGUACAGACGAGUCCAGUUGUGCCUCAGCCUGAUCUGGUCCAGCUCCCAACGUAUGCUGAUAGUGCAAGGACAUAUACACAUUAUCGCGUCAAACGAGCUUAUACACCUCGUGAACCUGACGAACUGGUGCUCAACCUGGGCGAUCUCAUAACCGUUAGCGAGGCGUUUCAUGAUGGCUGGGGUCGCGCAUACUCGCAGACUCGGGGACAGUAUGGAAUGGUUCCAUUUGUCGCGUUAGAGGAGUUAGCCGACCAGACAAUGGAUUCGUUGAUUAUCGCAAAGGGUGGUAGCUCAACGCCAGCUCCCGAGGAUCUAUCGGACUUGAAGUCAUGGUUGAAUCCUCCAGAUUUUAGACUGACUCUGUUUACGCUCAAGGAGAAGAGACUCAUAACAACCAGAGGCUGGCUUUUGGAUGAAUUGAGUCAAUGGAUGGAGAAUGGUGAUGAAUCCGUCUAUUGGCUGUCUGGGGUAGCAGGUGUUGGGAAGUCUGUUGUGGCUGGAUCUUUUGCUCAUGAACUACAGCAGAGGAAGAAGCUGGCUGCUCACUUCUUUUGUAAACACGACGAACGUGCCCGUAAUGAUCCUUUACGAGUAAUUACCACAUGGGCGUUCCAGUUAGCGGCUUUUGAUCCCGAUAUAAGGCAGGCACUACGAGAUUUGCACCGAGCUGAACCCAACUUCCUAGUCAAUACCCCAUCGAUUGGUAUGCAAUUUGAUCAGCUUAUAGCUAAACCGUUAUCAAAGUAUCGUGGCGAGAAGGCCGUUAUAUUGCUAGAUGCACUGGACGAAUGUGCUAUAGAAGGUAGCAAACCCCGAGGAGAUUUUCUACAAACGCUUGGUAGACACUUUGCCAGCCUUCCCAAGAAUAUUGUCGUGUUUGUGACGAGUCGUCCGCUGCAAGAUUUGCGGAAGCAAUUAUCGGACUACAAGCCGAGGAUUAUGGAAUUAGGAGACGUAUAUAAUUUGAAUGACAUUAAGCUCUACUCGCUAUCUCGAAUGAAGAGGCUACGCCCUAUCUUAGAAUCAGAUACCGAAGUUGACUCACUCGCCGAUAAACUAUCAACAAUGGCACAUGGUCUCUUCGUAUGGCUGUAUCUGGCAUGUGAUGCAAUGGACAAGUCUGAUGAUCCAUCUGAAACCAUACUGGAGUUGGAGGAGCGUACUCUUGGCAACGACGAAGAUCGUAUGGAUACUAUAUAUACUAGAGCGCUUGUCUCCAGCUUUAGAGGUUCCGACGAACCUGCCAUGCAGCUAUACACCGUGCUUGUAGGAGCACUUGUAGCCCUUCGAACACCAAUGUCUGUCGAAGACCUUGCUCUGUUAUUAGAUGUACCCUCAAGCAAAGUAAGGCUGAGCUUCACUCGUCUCGAGUCUCUGCUAGUAAUGUCUAAAUCGUCAGUACAGCUGAUGCAUAAAUCAGUGGCAGAUUUCAUCGCUUCCCCAGAGCGUUGUGUUGGUGAAGCCCUACCAUUCUAUAUAGACCGGAAGUUAGCCGAGGCACAUCUCGCCAAAAUGUGCUGCCUGUCGCUUCCAGUGAAUCUGAAACUGGAAAAUAUUCAGGUGCAUAUAGAGCGGCUUAGAGGCACUGCACCGUCGUCAACUCCUGGAUAUGUUAGCUAUGCUUUCGUCCACUGGGGCGACCAUCUAAAUUCUAUAGAACAGCUGGAUCCGGAAUUAAGAGAGAUUCUCGGCCAAACACUUCAACACUUUGGCCGUGCCAUGCUUAUAGUAGCAGUGCUAAAGAACUUGCCUGUUGCUCUUAAACAUAUACUGAAAGUCGGUGGUGGGCCUACGCUAUUAAAAUCCGCUGAAGAUGUCCAUUUCUUCAAAUCAGCCAUACUCUUUGAAGCUGCCGCAUCCGAUAAUCCGGAAAUAUGUGACGUCUUACUGGAAUAUGGAGGUGCUGAUGUAGAGUGUCUCAACGAAACGAGGCAGACUCCUCUUUACGUCUGCUCCUUUGCUCACACGAGGCCCGAUGUGGUGAAGGUGCUACUUCGUCAUGGAGCCAAUACCGAUUUCAGAAACCCAACUGGAAUGACUAUUGACACUGUCGCGACGGGAUCAGCCGCAAAAGAAAUCGAUAAUGAGCGGAUUCGUCGUAAAGUGAAGCUAGACGAAACCCAUAUGGACGAUUUUAUGAAUGCUGCGAGACUGGCAGACCUUGGGCGCUUGAAGCACCUGAUGACAUCUAAUCCGACUAUAAACAUCAACCGACAAUACCCUGAAUGUAGUAACAAGACGCUCUUGCUUGUCGCAUCUCAAUAUGGAUCCGUCGAUGUCGUGACUUAUUUGCUAAACAUUGGAGCAGAUCCCAAUAUAGUGGACGUCCUUUAUCUGAGCCCACUGCAUCAUGCUUGCGUGUAUGGAUCCCUUCCCAUCGUCAAAGCACUAGUAGAGGCCGGGGCAUGUGUAGAAGCAGAAGGGAGAGAACGCAGGAGUGCCUUUUUCAGCAAUGCCUUCCUCAGACCUAUCGAUCUGGCCUGUGAGAAGGGGUAUACAGAUAUAGUUAGCUGGUUGCUCGCUAAUGGAGCCAGUGCGUCUGCUCUCGAGCCGGGAAAGAUCCAUCCUCUUUUGUAUGCCGCAAUAGGAGACUCUAUAGAGGUAUCCCAGCUCCUAAUAGGCAAAGGAGUCGAUGUCAAUUACCAAAGCAGGUAUCUCGGCACAGCUCUAUUCGCCGCGGCCAUAUUUGGAGCCGAGAAUGUCGCCCAGUAUUUGAUUGGUAUCGGGGCAGACACGGAGCUUGGAUGGAAUGCACCGGGUUUGGAAACAGAAGCCUUUCGAUCUCCCGUUGUGUCGCCAUUGAUGGCAGCCGGUAUGAAGGGAUACCAGAAUAUCUUUGCUUUACUGCUACCUAGAUCUGCACCAGGUGAAAAGCGGGUUCGUCUUGAGAUGCGGAAUAGAGACUCGUGGUCGUUUGUGGAUUUCACGCCGUUUAUGCUCGCAGCUAUGGCAAACGAGCCUGAAUUGGUGCGAUUGAUGCUAGAGUAUGGUGCUGAUGUAGAUGGUGCUAGUGUCGCUUCAAGCUCGGCUGGUUUGAGCGGAGAGACGACACCAUUGCUGAAUGCAGGAUACUAUGGACGUAUAAAUAUUGCUAGGAUGUUAUUGGAGGCUGGUGCCAACAGUGAUGCCCGAGCGCCGAACGGAUGGUCUUGCUUGCUUAUGGUAGCAGCCAGUUCGAUAAUAGGUGAACGUGGAAAGUCAGAUAUGGUCCGUCUCCUGCGGUUUUAUAAAGCUGAUCUAGAUGAUGUUGAUCUUGCCGGAAACACGGCUGUGCAUCUAGCAAUUGUUAUGAAAGCUACACAGAUGGUGGAUACGUUGGUAGAGCUCGGAGCUAGAAUUGAUAUUGUAAAUAAUCUAGGGAAUACCGGUUUGCAUGAAGCUGUUCGGCAGCGAGCUGCGGGUAUGGUCAAGAUCUUGACGGAAAACGGUGCUGAUAAGGCUGCAAGGAAUAAGGACGGCAUGACUCCGCUGCAGAUUGCUGUUAGGGAAGGAUAUCAUGAGCUGGUGCAGUUUUUGAAGUGA